AUUGCUAUCCAAGUAGUUGAAGGUGUCGGAACUUCCAUGCUCUUAUCUUCAACCUUCAUUACAGUAUUUUCACUUAGUGACGACAGAGCAAGGCAACAUUUGAAGUGGAUAAAUCUGCCUUUCUGCGUAGGCUUUAUAGUUGGUCCCAUUUGCGGAGAAGCUGUAAAAAAAUUUUUUGGAUUUGGCUAUCCAUUUUAUGGAUUUGGUGUGCUGACUAUUGUGAUAGGAUUCAUCUCUGCAAUCGCUCUUCCUGAACCGCCUCAAAAAAUAACCUUGAAGGAUAUUCCCAUCCUAUCGUGGGUAAAGAAAAAGCCGUUGUUGAUUUAUGCUCUUGUUACAUUUUCUACUUUUAAUUACAUUGGAUUCCUGUCAGUACUAUUAGAACCUUUAUUAAGACAAUUUCACCUAGAUGUUCUAUUCAUUGGUCUAAUAUUUGCCGUCAUACCGUUCACAUCCGCACUUUGUUCUUUUUGUUGGAUUUGGCUAACGAAAAAAGGGUUUAACAGUGUCCUUCUCAUAUGUUUAGCGGGUCUUUUGACUUUUGUAUCCUUAAUGCUCAUCGUGCCAGCUCCAUUUAUUGCAUCGGAAGCAUCUUUGAGCGAUGUUUUAAUUGCACUCGUAGUGAAUGGACUUGGCUUCGGCGGCAAACUUGCGUGUGCUUCUCAUUCAGCUAAUGUUGAUGUAAGGGCAACGUCAAAUAUGAAUGCUAUCACCAAUCAGCUCUUAGUUCCCACUAUGUUUUCCUAUGGAUCUCUGCUUGGUUACUUUUCUGGUUCAAUCGUUGCUGGUUUCUCUGCAUAUUACUUGGGGUUUGAAAAAUCGACCUAUGUUCUGUACGCACUUGAAACUUUAGCAGUAGCAACAACCUGCAUUUAUGCUUUCAACAUAAAUUACAGAUCUCCACGAUACAGAGAAGUGUCAGACGAAAGUGAUCCUAUUUUACAAGAAUAAGAAUGUGAAUAACCUACAGGAUUUUAAAACUUUUGUUCAGC